AUGGACCCCUCCAGAUCCCCUCGGGGUGAUCCGCCUGCUGCGUUUAUGAUCGAUCACGCCCAGAGCAGCACAUCGGCAGAUCCCUCUUCCCACUCAGAUCUGACCGACUCUUUGAAUCAUUUGUCACUGGCAUCCCCCGCUGCUGUUCCACCAUCUCCGCCCUCAUCCAUCGCACUUCCGCUUGACCAUGCUUCACGCCCCAGCCCUCCCGUCGCUCUCGCCGUGGAUCGCGCGCCCACACCACGACGCGCCUCCCAGUCUCCUCCAACUGCUCAGCGGGACGAGCGCAGCAAGCCUCCCCCCAGGCUUCAAAAGCGCACAUCCACAGCCUCCUUGCGAUCAGUCUCUCAACCCAUUGUGCCCAUGAGCAACGGCACACACGCCACCCCCCGACGUGCUCCCAGCUCGAGCUCUCCCCACGGCGAGCGGCGCAAAUCCAUCCCUGCCUUGCAAAAGCGCCAGUCGACGGCCUCCCUCCGAUCCACUGAGUGCUCCUCUCCGGUGCCUGGUUCAGGCUCGUCACGACGCUCCUCUGCCAAUUUGAACGGGUCUCCGCCCAUCGGAUCACCCGCCAUGGCCCCGCGCCUUUCCCUGGAACCGCAACCACAACCACCCACCGCAGCCUCCGUCGCCGCGGAACACUUCCGAAAAGAGGUGGACCUGCACCAGAUUGUCGACCUCAAGUCCAAGACCGCGGUGAUCAUUCACGAUGCCUGUUACGGACAUCGAUUCUCACGGCCCCGGGCCUCCAAGUCCCUGCUCGCAUCCAUUGUGGAGAGACCCGAGCGCAUCAAGGCCUGUGUCCUGGGUAUAUCCGCGGCGUACGUCCGCAUGGGUCGACGAUACCGGGGGGAGCAGUUUGCGCCACGGCCCGAUCUUGAACUACACUUGCUCCCCCCACCACCCUUUCAGAUCCGCAAGACCUCGCGCUCGCUACCGCUGCAUGAUGGUGCGGUGACCCAUGUGCACGGUCAGCAGUGGAUGGCCGAUCUCAAAGGCAUGUGCGACAAGGCAGAAUCCCGCUUGGCGUUGAGUGGAAAGGAACUCGUGCGUCCGCGCAGCGAGGGUCGCGAGAACACUCCUGCAGCGCAAGAACUCCACUCGGGCGAUCUCUACCUGUGCAAUGAAUCCCUAGAGGCCUUUCAAGGGGCCCUGGGGGGAGUCUGCGACGGAGUCGAUGCGGUCUUUGAUCACAGCUCGACCACGCGUGCUUUUGUCUGCAUCCGUCCACCCGGUCACCACUGCUCGUCCGAUUUUCCCUCGGGUUUCUGCUGGAUCAAUAAUGUUCUGGUAGGAAUCUCGUAUGCCGCCAUGCAUCAUGGACUGACCCACGCCGCGAUUCUGGAUUUCGAUCUCCAUCACGGCGACGGCUCGCAAGAGAUUGUGUGGAAUCACAACUACCAGGCGUCGAUGGCCGCACGAAAUGCGCCAGCGUACAAAAAGACCGCGAUCGGAUACUACAGUCUUCAUGAUAUCAAUUCCUAUCCAUGUGAAGGCGGUGACCCGGAAAAGGUACGCAAUGCGAGUGUCUGCAUUGACAAUGCGCAUGGUCAGUCGGUGUGGAAUGUCCACUUGGAGACGUGGGAGACGGAAGCGCAAUUCUGGGAACUCUAUCGGACCAAAUACACGGUCUUGAUUGAAAAAGCGCGAACCUUCCUACGGGCGCACACCCGGCGACUUUCUGCUGCGACGGGGCCAACCCCCAAAGCCGCCAUUUUCAUCUCCGCCGGCUUCGACGCGAGCGAGUGGGAGGGCACCGGCAUGCAGCGACACAAGGUCAACGUCCCCACCGAGUUUUAUGCUCGCUUCACCGCGGAUGUCGUGCGUAUGUCGCAAGAAGAAGGCCUCGGAGUGGACGGACGUGUGAUCAGUGUGCUGGAAGGUGGCUACAGUGACCGUGCGCUCACCAGCGGCGUUCUCAGUCAUAUUGCUGGACUCGGAGAGGCGCACGCCCCAACGGAGGGGACCAUUCCUGCAGAUCUGGAAUACCAGCGCCAGUGGUGGUCUUCCGAAUAUCUCUCCGAACUUGAGGGCCUGACUCCGCCUCAGGUCAAGCGGGAGAAAGCAAUACCCACCUUUCUGUCGUCCACCAAAUCAUUUGAUGCCAAGGUCCAUCCCAUCGCCCGUGACCGAAGGUCAUUUGGCUCUUAUGCCGGGGGGUAUCCGACUGUGUUCCCCAUCCCGGAAGUGGACUGGACGACUGCCGCGCAAGAGCUUGCCAAGGUUCUGAUUCCUGAGGAAAGCCGGCAAACGGUGAGUUGCCGACCUGACGAACUCAAUGCCGAAGCGUCUCGACAGCGUCGUGAUCGUCAGCUCGCUUUGGAAGGCAUGGAUGUUGCACCCGGUGCCUCCGCCCUUCUGCCCGUCGACGAAAAGCGACAGCUGCGCGUACGAAAAACAAGGUCCCCUCCAUUCUUGUCGCGGCCGGCAACACCGCGACAACAAACGCUCCGAAAGAAUCGCCGCACCACGAUUGAUGGCAACGGCCUGCCCGAUGCCGCCACCGAGGCUUCUCCCACCGUGCAAGUCAGUCGUCGGAAGAGCACCUCUACCGCCGAGGUAUCGGUGGAACCUCUGAGCAUGGCUGAACUGGUGGUCAAUUCCGAAAGUCAGACUGCUGCUGCUGCUGCUACACCAGACACCUCUGCUUCCGCGCCACCCGCCAAGGUUGCUGGGGGACGCAAGACCACGGGGGGUACUCGAGGAGCAAAUACUUCUAAACGCACGGCGAGUCCUCGAAAACCUCCUCCGGUACCCAAGGUACCAUCGGCUUAUCGACCGUCCAAGCUGGCGGAUCAGAACCAGCCGGGAUCAACCGGUGCGGCCGAUGACCUGGAAAACCUCUCCGCUGGUCUUCGGCGCAUCAAGCUGGUCGUGCCGUCUCCCGAAGAACACGCCGAACGGGAGAAGAAGAUUGCCGAGGAGCGUCGACCGAGUACUGCAAAGCCUUCCAGGCCCUCGACACGAUCUCCGCGGAGGAGUGGUGGGAGUAGGACACCUGGUGGGAAAGCAACUGGGCGACGGUCUUUGGCCAAGUCGCAGGUCACUGCAGCCACGCCUGCAGCAGCUGAAACUUCUGCGCCCUCCGCCUCUCUCGAUGUGAAAAAAGAGGAACGUUCGGAGUCGCCCUCUGCGUCUUCGUCAUCAGUACCUCUCGAGUCUUACACGACGUCCAUCUCUAUGCCUUUUCAGCCGUCAGAAACGCCACUUCAUUCCCCUGCGCCACCCGAUCAACCUGACCCAAUGUCCCACGAUAAUGUUGCCAUGCAAGCUCAACCUCGAUCUCAUAUGUCCCCACCUUUCACACCCCCUCUUCCUCAAACCGCAGAGUUCCCCCGCCCAGGAUCUCAUACUUUCACAUCUCCCGUCACCGAGGCUGGAACAACUAAAAAAGGUCUCCCGGUGCUGACGUCGAGUGGGCAUAUUCCUUUUGCUACUCCGCAAGAUUCACGGUUUGUUCCUGGCGGACAAUCAAACCAGACUCAUCGGGCAGAUUAA